CCGUCGCUUAAAGCCAUCCCGGCCCCGGCCCCUGGUCCUCCGCGCUUCCGCCCGCCCUGUGGGCCCUGCCCGGCCUCUGCGCUCCAGGCCCGCCUUGCGGGGCGCACCCGCCAGUCGAGCGCUGGGCUUGGCCUCGCUGGCCUGCGUGACUGCCAGUGUGACCUUGGGUCUGGCCAUGAACUCUGGAGGAAGGAGGCAGGAGGCAACAGCGCCCAAGGGUAGAAGGGCUCACAGACCCCGGGAACAGGACCGAGAUGUGCAGCUGUCCAAGGCUCUGUCCUAUGCCCUGCGCCACGGUGCCUUGAAGCUGGGGCUUCCCAUGGGGCCUGAUGGCUUCGUGCCGCUGGGCGCCCUCCUGCAGCUGCCACAGUUCCGCGGCUUCUCAGCAGAAGACGUGCAGCGCGUGGUGGACGCCAGUGAGAAGCAGCGCUUUGCCCUGCAGCCGGGGGACCCCAGCACCGGCCCUCUCAUCCGGGCCAAUCAGGGCCACUCCCUGCAGGUGCCGGAGUUGGAGCUGAGGCCUCUGGAGACACCACAGGCCCUGCCGCAGACGCUGGUCCAUGGUACUUUCCGGAAGCACUGGCCGUCCAUCCUGCUCCAGGGCCUGUCCUGCCGAGGAAGGACGCACAUCCACCUGGCCCCGGGACUGCCGGGGGACCCCGGCGUCAUCAGUGGCAUGCGGCCCCACUGCGAAGUGGCCGUGUUCAUCGACGGGCCGCUAGCUCUGGCAGAUGGGAUCCGCUUCUUCCGCUCGGCCAACGGAGUGAUCCUGACCCCGGGGAACGCCCACGGCUUCCUGCCGCCCAAGUACUUCAAGGAGGCACUACAGCUCCGCCCCACCCGAAAGCCCCUCUCCUUGGCUGAGGACAAGCAGAUGGCGGGUCAGAGCCCUGAGCACAGCCCCAGACGAAGCAGGAUGAGCCAACAAUAAAAAUAUUCAUUUAUAAAAACAAAAUUUUAAAAA